GAACGUCUCCCCGUGUCGCUUUCUCCGGUGCUUUGGGGCUGCGCUCACCCCAGGGCACUGCGGGAGCUCGGCCUGCGACAUCGGUGCGGGGCAGAGCGGGGCAAGGCCCCACCCCGGGGCGGUCCCGGGAACCCGGGAGCGGAGCAGGAAGCGGGAGGCGGCGGCGGUGGCGGCGGCGGGGCCCGUGGGCUGGAAACGGGGCCGUGGGGCCGGGGCCAUGCGGUGCCCCGGGGCCAUGCGCUGCCCCGGCCCCACCGGGCGCGCCCCGGUGUUCCUGCCGGUGCUGCUGGCGCUGCUGGCGGCGGGCGGGCGCGGGGCUCCCCGUGACACCGUACUGUGCUCGCAGGGCCUCGCCUGCCGCCUGCUCGACUCCGACGUGCUGUGCGGGAUGGAGCCCGCGGCGCCGGGCCCGGGGCUGGAGCUGCUGGGGCUGCGGCUGGAGCCGGAGCUGCGCUGCGCGGGGCCGGGCGGCUGCUCGCCGUGUCUGCAGGCCCGGCUGCGCCUGGGCCUCGAGCCCGAGCGCGGCGACGGUGACGCGGGGACCGCGGCCUCGGCCCGGCGCGACGGCUCCGCGCUGCUGCUGCUCUCCGGACACGGGUUCGCCUCGUCCCGCUGCGUGGCCGUGCAGGUCCGCGCCUCCUCCGCCCCGCCCGGCCGGCGCCUGGGCUCCGUGCGGUUCCGCUGCUUCGAGGCCCCGCUGGGCUCCGAGCUGCACGUCACCGCCUACAGCAGCGCACGCGGCCGCCGCCGGCUGAGCCAGAGGCAGCGGCUGCCAGACUGCUCGUGGCCCGCAGCACGCGCCGCCAUCCCGCAGUGCCGAGUGCCCAGGCUGCAGGUGUCCCCGGGGCUGACGGCGGUGCUGGUGGAGGUGCAGGUGGCCACGACGGAGCUCAACUACACCCUGCGGCUCUACCACAACCACAGCCACGGCGCCGGCGGGUCGGGACGCGCAGUGACGGCGAGUGGGCCCAUGAACUACAGCGUGCCACUGGAGGAGGUGCUGCCCUGCCUCUGCCUGCAGGUCUGGCCAGAGAUCCAGGACCCGCUGCGGGCCACCCUGUGCCCCUUCUCCCAUGAUGCAGCAGCGUGGGAGCGACUGUGGGAGCAGACCCAGCUGGUGCUGCACGAUGUGGGGCAGACAUUCACCUGCUCCAUCUCCGCACCCUGUGAUCUCCCAGCUGAGCUGGUGCCCUGCUGGAAACCAGCACCUACUGCACCGUGCCAAGCCCUGCCCAGCCUGCAGCAGCCUGUCACCGGGCAGGGACCACAGGAGUUCCAAGCGCUGCAGCCACACCACAAUCUCUGUGUGCAGGCAAGGAGCAGUGGGAAGGUCUGGCUGACACAGUGCCUGCGGGACGGUGAGCAGCCAGCAGUGCUGCCUGGCUAUGCAGACGACAUCCUGCUGAUGGAGCCUGGAGGGAACGCAUCACUCUGUGCCCUGCAGCGAGGCAACUGCACGCCGCUCUCCAGCUUCACUGCCAUGGGGACCGGCCAACCGGGGCUGCUGGAGCAGCAGCUGCAGGAGGACGUGGCAUCGGGCCAGUGUAUGCAGCUCUGGCGUUCUGCAGACGGCAGCGGGGUCACGCUGUGGGCUUGUCCCAUGCACAAAUACACACGUGCCCGCUGGGCGCUGGCCUGGCUGGGAGUGCUGCUGUGUGCUGCCUGCAUCCUGCUGCUGCUGCUGCUGAAGAAGGACGACGUGAAGGGUUGGCUCAAGUCGCUGCGCGCUGGCUGUGGCUGUAAUGCCCCGCUGCGGGGUCGCCGCUCGCUCCUCCUGCACGCAGCGGAGCCGGUGGCGGAGCGUGCAGCCUGUGCCAUCGCGGCAGCGCUGCGCCCCAUGGGGAUGUUGGUGGUGGCGGCGCCGGGCGGUGGCAGCGGGGUGGCGGCGUGGGGGCCGCUGCCGUGGCUGCACGCCGUGCACCGCAGGGCGCUGCGGGGCGGGGAUACCAUCGUCCUGCUGCUGUCCCCGGCGGCCGAGGCCGCAGCCCGGCGGUGGGAGGAUGCGGCCCGGGCUGCCCCGACGGCUGGGGACGCUCCCGGCUGCCCCGGUUCCCCGCACGAUCCCGGCGACGAGGUGCAGCCGUGCGAAGCGUUCGCCGCCGCGCUGUCCUGUGCCGUCCCGGCGCUGUCUGCGGGCACCGGGCGCUACGUGGUGGCCCGCCUGGACCCCGCGCUGUCGGUGCCCCACGUGCUGCGGGCAGCCCCGGCCUUCCUGCUGCCCGGCGAGGCCGUGGGCUUCCUGCGGGCGCUGUCGGGGCGGCGGCGCUGCCGGCUGGAGCGACACGGGGCCGCCGUGGCCGAGAGGCUGCGCCGGGCGCUGGGGGAAUAAAGAGCGAUGCGGCCCCGAG